AAUCAACCUAAAAAGAAGGUCAUAACUUGGGAUGUCUAUGAAGGUGAUAUGAAAGAGAUUAAGAAAGUAUUAGAAUAUCUUGUUACAGUAGUAAAAAAUCCAUCUCGUGAAAAUACUUCUUUGAAUGAGCAAGAUCCCAUUGAAAAUGCUUCUAACAAUCAACCAGAUAUCGAAAAUGUUAGUGAGCCUAUGGUAUUUAAUAUUCUUCGGAAACCAGCUAGCGAUGUAGUGACUAUAAAGUGCCGAAUCAAUAAAUUAAGUAUCCCUAGUGUUGUCCUUGAUAGCGGUGCAAAUUGUUCUAUAAUGUCAUUACAUAUUGCUAAAAAAUUGGGACUUGAUAUAGAUACAACUAGAGCUACUUCUAUAGAAGGUGUUGCUACUGAAUCAGAUACUAUUGGGUGGGUAUACAAUAUUCCCGUAAGUGUUGGCUUCUUUACUUUAUUGAAUGAUUUUAUCAUUGUUGAUGAUAAUAAACCUGCACUACUUCUUGGUACACCUUGGCUUGAUAGAGCUCAGGCAAUGAUAGAUUUCCAGAGUCGAAUUCUUUAUAUAAGAAACUCUAAUGAUUUGCUUUUCAAUGUGCCUAUCUCUGUUCAUAAGUCAAAAGAUAAAAAAAAAUAG